AUGGUCGCUCGUCUCGUCGGUCGGCUCCACAGUCUGGGUGCUGAAUGCACUCAGCCUCUUCUGAGUUCUGGGGAUACUCCUCUUCACUUCGCGUGCAAGCACGGCUACCGGAAGACGGUUGAGCUGCUACUAUCUGCAGGAGCUACUUCCAAGGAGAACAAGGCUGGUGAACGUCCCGAGGAUGUCACUGACAACGUCACUAUUCUCGAACUUCUUCGGAAUGCUGCAUCCGCCACAGUUUCUUGA